CUCCGCCGGGGCCCGCCAUGCCUUUUUCCACACAGUCGCCUGCCAGUAGCGAGCAGUAUGUCCUGACGGCCAGCCUGGACAACGCCCGCAAUUUGUCCAGCCUCCUCAGGGCCGUCCACUUCCAGGAUCACGCCACUUGCUUCGCCACAGCCAACGGCCUUCGGGUGACCGUGGAGGAUGCUAAAUGCAUUCAGGCCAAUGCUUUUAUCCAGGCAGAAAUUUUUCAGGAAUUUCAUGUUCAGGAAGAAUCAGUGAUGUUCCGAAUCAAUCUGGCAGUUCUUCUUGACUGCUUGACCAUUUUUGGUGCCAGUUCUUUGCCAGGAACAUCAACAGCUCUUCGGAUGUGUUACCGUGGUUAUGGCAAUCCCUUGAUGUUGUUCUUAGAAGAAGGAGGAGUAGUGACAGUGUGCAGAAUUAACACUCAAGAACCUGAGGACUUGUUAGACUUUAAUUUCUGCAGUACCAACGUCAUCAAUAAAAUUAUCCUGCAGUCAGAGGGGCUGCGAGAAGCAUUUUCUGAACUUGAUAUGACCAGUGAAGUUCUGCAGAUUACCAUGUCUCCAGAAAAACCAUAUUUCAGGUUAUCCACUUUUGGAAAUGCAGGAAGUGCACAUCUGGACUAUCCCAAGGAUUCAGAUUUAAUGGAAGCAUUCCACUGUAACCAAACCCAGACAAACAGGUACAAGAUUUCUUUGCUUAAACCAUCUACAAAGGCACUGGCUUUAUCUUGUAAAGUCUCCAUUCGAACUGAUAACCGAGGAUUUCUUUCACUGCAGUAUAUGAUUAGGAAUGAAGAUGGACAGAUCUGUUUUGUAGAAUACUAUUGUUGCCCCAAUGAGGAAAUCACUGAAGCAGAAUUGUAGUUGCAUAUUCUGAUUCUAGUGUCUGUAUUAUAUUUAUGAAUAUAUGAAGUGUUGUAUGUUUAUAAUACUGAUUGAAAUCUGUAAAGAGAGAUUGGUAAUAUGUAUUUUUUUUACAGCUGUGGGAUUAAAAAUAAGAAGUCUUCUUUCAUAAAUUUCCCUGCCACUGUUUCUCAGCCUUGACACACAAAAAAAGCAGAAAGUAGUAUUAAUCUUCAAAAGUCACAGAUACCAUACACGUUAAAACUGUCUCCUUGUAAUAUGCUGCUGUCAUUUACAGCACUGUCCAAGCAUUUUUGUUUGUGUUUUGGCUUUUCUGGCUUUGUGGUAUGGCUUGUUCUAAGCAAUUACAGAAGGGGAAGUGUGAGUAUUAGCUGUAUGUUAAACAGCCAGUUAAUUUCCAAUUACCUAAUUUGUCAUUCUCUUGAAAGAGAAUGACAUUUUCAGUUUCAUUUCAUAAUAGCAGCAGGUACCUUCUUUUUACAAACACUGACAUGGUGUUUUGGUAAAACUAAUGGGCUUCUCAUCAUAGAAUCAUAGAAUGGCUUGGGUUGGAAGGGACCUCUGGGAUCAUCAAGUUCUAACCCCCCACUACAGGCAGGGUUACCAACUGUUAGAUUAAGUACCAGAGCAGAUUGCCCAGGGCCCCAUCUAACCUGGCCUAAAACACCUCCAGGUAUGCAUUCAUGUUAUACUCAUGUUAUGUUUUUCUUCAACCAGAUCCUGGGUCCUACUCAGCAGGGCUGCUCUCAAGGAGUUCUUCCAGUUUGUAUACACAUCUGGGGUUACCUCAAACCAAGUGGAAAACCUUGCAGUUUGCUUUUUUGAACCUUGUUAGUUUCACAAAGGCACACUUUUCAAGUUGAUCGAGUUCCCUCUUGAGGGCAUUCCUUCCUUCUGCUGUAUCAACUGCACCCCUCAGCUUGGUGUCAUCAGCAAACUUGCUGAGGUUACACUCAGUUGGGAUGUGUACCCUGUGCCAGGUGUGCUGCAGUCAUAGUGCAGCAGUCACUGGGUUCACAGUGUUCUGUCCCUUCUCCUCCAGAGAUGGUGGCAGUGCAGUCCCAAGCACACAAAAUUCCACCAUAUAUUCCAUUAGCUUGCAAUCCGAGAGCAUGCACAGGGAUAGCAUCUGAAUUCAUUUUAGAGUGUUUGGUCCCCCUGCUCUGGCUUUGGUAUUGUCCCUACUGGCACUAGAAUGCUCACAGUGAAGAACAGUGAAGAACAGAGAUGCAGUGCAUGCUGACAGAAUUGUUAUGCUGCUCCUUUCUUAUCCGUGUUGCAUUUCCUUUGCCUAAUUCAGGGAAAUGCAGAACCUUGUAAGCCAUCAUCCCCAGGAGACAGAAGAGAUUCAGGUCCUGGUUUAGCGUAAUUACUGUUGGCUCAUUUAUCUGAAUGAGCAACCUGGGAGGAAGGCAGCAUAUGCACAUCUUCCUCUUCCAGAUGACUCACAUCUCCAUCUUAGUUCUGCAUUCACUACCUCAUCCAACAAUACUUUGGUGCAGGACUCCAUGAACAAAGCCACCUUGGAGAUUUUUCAGCCAUUCUUCAAGCUGUUCCCCCAAAUCCAUGACAGAGAGCUGCAAGAAAAAGAUUACUGUGUGCAAGGGAGUUGGCCACCCAUACCAGUGCCCAUGAGCAGCCAUGGUCCAGGUCAGAUCUUGUGGGGCCACAGCUCUGCCAGAGGCACAUGAGUAGACAUUGGGCUUCCCAGCAUCCUGCCUGGAGGCUGGCAGAAGGGAUGUUUAAAGUUCCUGAUGAACUUAGAAGCCUCUUGCUCCUAUAAGACAGUGGGCUAGUCCAAAAAUGAGCAAGCUAGCAGAAAGCAGAAGUCAUCAAAGAAAACCGUGCAUUUACAGAAUUAGUUUAUGUAUUUGUAUGUUGUGGAUUUUACCCUGUAAGUACCAAUAGAUUAUAGUGCUUUUAUACAACAACAGAAGUAGCAAGCUGCAAUGAUUCUGCUUGCUUGAAGAGCAGCAGACACUCAAGCAGAUGCUUUUCUUCUAGCCAUUUGCACACAAUCUCUGCAGUCCCAAGACCAGAGGAGUGAAUGUUUAGGUUCACAGGUGUUCCCCCGGGGGCUGUACUUAUGGCCCAGGUCAGGCUACUCCUGCCCACGUUGAACCUUCCCAGCAGGGAAAGCACCAGGUGCUGUGAGGUUGGGGUUUGCACUGCUGGAAGCUCACUUUGCAGAAUGCUGGGCAGUCUAUACAGAGGAAAGGAGUAGGGCUGUCCUGUAGGAGCUAAGGGUGCUUUUACCUCUUCAUGGCGCUGAGGGGCGCAUUCCCUGCAAGCAGCCACAAUCCAGGUGUGCACCAGUGAUUGCAGACAAGCGGUGCUGCCCAUAGAUGCCUGUGGAAUGGGCUGGAGCUGGUAUUGGAGGCCCCUUCUCCCUGCUGCAGACUAUGCCCUGGUGCUGCAGAGAUGAGACGCAGUGUGCCAAGCUGCAGAGUCUGCUGCUUCAAAACCCAGGCAGGGCACCAGUGGAAAGAGCCGUGACACAGCCUGGGCUUGCAUGCUGUGGUGGCUGUGCCAUGGCCAUGCUCCUCGGAGCAGCCAGGCACAGGUUAAUGCCAGGACACUCUGCAGCUGAGGUCCUGGGUGGUAGCACUGAACCAGCAAGGAGAGGGACUGGGAAGAGGAGGCACAGAAGGGUGCUGGGUGCACAGAGCUGCACAUUGACCCUUUCAGGACUACAAGCCCAAGCUGGGAAAUCAUGUAGGGCAUACUCCGAUUUGGAGAGGAACACAAUGCAAGUCACAUUGGCCAAAGCAUGUGAAGAAGAGAGUCUCACUUCCAUAUCCUCCAGCAGGUUUAAAACCACUACAGGUGUCAUGCAGCCCUGUCUGGUACUGCAGGGCUUCCAGGAUCCGCUGCAAGCCCCACUGCUUCCCCCACACUGCAGCCUCUCAGCUGGCACCCAGCUCUGCAACAUCUGCACAGCUGUGCCAAGCCAAACUGCUCAGCACAGCACUGCUGCCUUAGGAGCUAAAACCCAGAGGAGCUAUUUCUAGGGCUGAGGGCAGCCCAGACCUCUGUGUUUUGAGCCUUCCUUCCCUAGAACUCUCCAGCUGGAAGGGGCUCAGCAGAGAAGGUUUUAUCUUUGUCUCUUCCUUAUGGUUUUGUUAGGAAAAUGCAGCUUAAUCCAGCGCUCUUCUUGCUUCCCAGCCUUUUUUUUUCAGGGAUACAAAAGCAGACAAACACUUUUGGACAGGGCUUUGGCACAUGGACGGCACUUGGUGCUAGAUGAACACUCGGGCUGUCAGCACAGCCACCACUGGGGGGCGCUUUAGUUCAGCUCGAAGGGCAGAGCAGCCACGUGGCAGCAGAGCCCGCGGCCGGACACAGCUGGCUGGGUGCUGCUCGCCUCCGAGGGCGGCCAGAGGCAGGCGCCAUCCCGCAGCCCUGCUCCUAGCAGCAGAGCUCCUGGAAGUGAUGAGGUCAGUGAGCUGUGCCUGUUUCCAAUCUUCAGCUGCUGGUAGGAGGCCCCAUUACCAACCGUCUGAGCAUUUCAGGCUGGUGGAAAAUGUAAGGGGAGGGCCAGCACCAGGAACCUGGACAGAGCAGCAUUUGAGGUUUUUAAAUCAUGGACUGAAAAAUUGAUGACUGUGUAAAUAUCUGUGUUAAACUCAUCAAACAGCGGCCUGCCAGAGCAGCCAAAGGCUUGUACACCGUGAUGUGUUGCCUUAAGAUGCUUCAGGAAUGACACGCUGUAUCACAGACAUACUAUACUCUCCUGAAGCCAACGCUGGGACAGGACUUGGCAUUUUCAGGACUAAAUGCACAAACCUGAACCACUUGUACAAAGGGGCAAAUCUCAUGUCAGUGAGAUGCUGUUCCACAAUCCCAUCACUGAGUUUGUGAGAUAGAGGCUGCCAUUUCUCUUAGAAAACCUUCUGUCCCAUGGUAUCACAGCACAGGAGAACAUGGCCCUUUACAGGUAUCUGACAAAGUGCUCCACUUGCCAGACAGUCUGCAGCAGGAGCUUUCUGCAGCACAUCUUGAACCUCUUUAAAUAGGGGAAACUUACUAACACAGCUUUGAAUUCCUUUUAGCUGCAGUUCACCAUGGCAUGUAAUUCUAAGAAUGGUAUUAACAAUCAUUUUCAUAAAAAGAGAGUUGUUAUUGUCCAGAAAAGAAAACAAAAAGUAUGGUUACAGUCUGUGUUUAGUAUCUCUUACUUAUUUCCAGAUGGAUUCAAAUAGGCAGAUGUAAGAAAUUUGGGACAUUCAUUUCUAUGAGGUGUUUUGCUAGGGGCUGGCUCGAGCUCACAAGUUUAACUGCUGACCCACAUUUAGAGAACAAGACCAUUGAAAGUUUCAAGGUAAUCAAACUCUGGAUCUGUUGCUUGACAUUAAAUGCAGUGCACUUUUACUGCUCUGUGCGGCAGAUCAAAACCAGAGCACACAGAGGAUUUAAGCCACUGAUCUGGCUUCAAACCUUGCACCAGUUCAUAUUUGUUCGGAAAAUAGUACUCAGUUUUAUGCCUGUGUCUGCAGAAUUUGUGCUGGGUUACAUCAUGUCUGUCUAUGCCGUUGCUUUGUGCCUCACACACAGCUCCUCCAGGACCCUUCCUACCCGUUUCUUCCACACCCUGCACAAUGGCCUGCAGUGCAGCUGCUGGGCUGCCAGCAGUGGCAAACAGCUGAAAGCACCAGAGGCUGCUCCCGCUCCAGGCCCUGCCCCACAGCGGGAGGUGUGACCUUACUAAUCCAUCAGCAAUCAGCAAUUAAAUCAUUAAUAUACAAUGUGAAAUGACUCAAAUCUGGCCUGCCAGGUGAUCUCACUGUACUUAUUCUGUACAGCAGUCUCACUUUCAGCACUCUUGUUCAAAAGAAAUACACUACUAAGAAGCUUAGAGAAAUUUUGUACACAGUCAAAAGAGCUACUUGACCCUCAGGAUACUGCAAAACAUGGUGCAAUUCCUGCCAUUUAUGUGGCUUGCCCUGAGACAAAAAGACAUAAUUAGCAAGUUAGUUACUGAAAAAACUUAUUUUUCCAAUAAAGCUUGAGUGAGAGAUGAUAAAAAGAGUAUCAGUCAAUCCUGAUAUGUACAGAGAAGUUCACAUACACAGAUAUGCAUGUGCACACCCAUACAGACAUGCCCACAAAUACAUUUCCACUGUAGUUCUGUGUACUGAGCAAAGCACCAAGCGAUAAAGGAGAGAUGGGGGGCCUCACCCACCUCUGACACUUGUCUAAGGUCUUUUUAAACCCAUGAUUCUGUGAAUGCGUCCAGUGUUGAAUGGGAGAACUGUAUUAGUUAAGCAGGAUAUGAAUGUGAGAGAGAACUCUGAGCCUAUCAAUCCAACACAAGGCACAAUCUGCCAAACUGGUUGCACAGGGUUUGGAGUGGAUUCUGUUCCACCAAACAGCUUAGAGUUAAUUGCAAAGUUGCAAAUUCAAGGGGCACAUCUGAUAGUUAUUUAAACAUAGAAUAUAGGAC